AUCCUAAGGGCCUGAGUGGAAAUCAGUGCCGUAUGACAGCUGAAGAGACAAUACACUGUCCAGCAUCAACUACAAACCCCAGGCAACUUCUCUAGACUGCCAAAAACACAUAAUGGACACAGAAAAAGACACACCACUUGCGAAGAAGACUCAUCAGGAAGCAAGUUCUUAAAACCUUCACAAUUGGUAUAGCUGGUGGGCUGGACACCACAGUGUCAGGGUGACUAUCAUUUUCUUCUUUGGUUCUGAGCACUCAUUGUGACAUCAUUCAAGUUCCAUGCUUCUCUAUGACUUCACCAGGAGAUACAGAGCUUGUCUGACUGCCCAUCUUCAUGCGCGGACAUACUGAUCUAAGGCUUAAAUGAUUAACACCUUGAAUGGGCAUGGAUCGCUUUCUCACCCUGUGAACACCAUUCAUUUCAGAAGCUUUGCUUCUGCUGCAACUAGACAUGUCACUCAGCGUCUUGAGUAGGAAAGAGAAAGAGAAGGUCAUCCGCAGACUCUUAGUCCAGGCUCCUCCUGGGGAAUUUGUGAAUGCCUUUGAUGAUCUCUGUCUGCUCAUCCGCGAUGAGAAGCUCAUGCACCAUCAGGGUGAGUGUGCCGGCCAUCAGCACUGCCAGAAAUACUGUGUUCCACUCUGCAUCGAUGGCAACCCAGUCCUCCUGUCUCAUCACAAUGUGAUGGGUGACUUCCGGUUCUUUGACUAUCAGAGCAAACUUUCCUUCAGGUUUGACCUGCUCCAGAAUCAGCUGAGAGACAUCCAAAGCCAUGGAAUCAUUCGGAAUGAGACUGAGUACCUGAGAUCUGUUGUUCUGUGCGCCUUAAAACUCUACGUGAAUGAUCACUACCCAAGUGGAAAUUGCAAUGUGCUGAGAAAAACAGUCAAAAGUAAAGAAUUCUUAAUAGCUUGCAUAGAAGACCACAGCUACGACAAUGGUGAUUGUUGGAACGGUCUUUGGAAGUCUAAGUGGAUCUUCCAGGUAAACCCAUUUCUAACCCAAGUAACAGGAAGGAUUUUUGUGCAAGCUCACUUCUUCAGAUGUGUCAAUCUUCACAUUGAAAUCUCCAAGGACCUGAAGGAAAGCUUGGAGGUGGUCAAUCAAGCCCAGUUGGCUCUCAGUUUUGCAAGGCUUGUGGAAGAACAGGAGAAUAAGUUUCAAGCUGCUGUCUUAGAAGAGUUACAGGAGCUGUCCAAUGAAGCCCUGAGAAAAAUUCUACGGAGGGACCUUCCAGUGACCCGCACCUUGAUUGACUGGCAGAGGAUCCUCUCUGACUUGAAUCUGGUGAUGUACCCCAAGUUAGGAUACGUCAUUUACUCCAGAAGUGUGCUUUGCAACUGGAUAAUAUAAAGGACUGCUCCUGGCUGUUGUCUCAA